UUCCCAUGUGUAAUUUUUUAUAUUAACUUAAGUUUUUUUCACAUUUUGUUAGCAAACCUUAGUUCAUAGUUAUUGUAGAUUUAAUGAAAAUCAAUUACUCGGCUAGUGUUAGUAGCUUGAAAUUGAACAUUUUCUAAACUUUAUUAUUGCGAUUUGAGAUGCAUUCUCCAGGACCAAAAUAUUUAUUGCCGACAACCGUCGGAUAUGACAAGCAUGAUAUCACAAGGCCGCGUGAGCCUGCGUACAGCUUGAACUUCAAAAUUUCCAACGAGAGUAAGAGUAUCAGUCCCGGACCUAAGUACCAGUGUGACAAACUGAGUAAUCGUGGUCCUUACCAAUCAAAGAGCGCUUUCCUGAGUUCGAGGUUUGACAACCAAGAAAAAUUUACAAAACAGACUCCUGGUGCUGGUAAAUAUUACCCUAACAUUAAGUCCGACUCACGAUACAAAAAAUCUCCGGAAGCAUCACACCUUGGUACAUUUUACAACCCACAACCGGAUAUUAAGCCAGGACCUAAAUACAUGCUUGCAGGCACUUUGGGACGUGGUUUAGAAUUUCCAAGCAGUCCUUGUGCUUGUUUAAUAGGAAAGUCAAAUUUUUGCUCUGCACUACAAGUCAGCAAUUCGCCCGGUCCCGGAAAAUAUUUUCAUACCAACAUGGAUAUAUAUUUAAGAAAGUCACCCGGUGUACCUUUAGGGGCCAAAAGGACCGAACCCAAAGUAACCCCAGCUACAAUCCAACCCGGGCCAAAAUACUAUGGGAACUAUAAUAAAAUAAAACGUGAAUCGCCUGCGUACUCACUAGGCGUGAGGCACUCGUGGAAACAGAUGCUUCUCAGGAUGCCCAAUGAUGGCGGACACUACUAUGGUUGUUGAGUUCAAUAUAAAACAGAUUUAUUUAAGAUGACUUCGAUCCCAGACGGAAGAAGUCUGGAUAUGGUCUUGCUCCCGGGCCAGGCAAUAGUUGAACGUGUGAAAAUUUCUCAUUAAAAUCAUUCUAAAAACACUU